AUGGUGUCCCUCUAUGAAUCAAGUAUUCCAGUCUUCAUCAAGAAUCUUAAGGUUCUUGCGGCCCUACUCGCCAAGGGCUCCGCUCAUUCAGGCGUUACUGAAAAACAGCUACUGGAAAGCCGUCUUAUUUCAGACAUGGGAAACCUCAUCUACCAAAUUCAAAGAGUUUCGGAUACCUCCAAGGGUCUCGCCGUUCGCGCCGCUAAGGUUGAGCCUGUCGCCCUUGAGGACAAAGAGACCACCAUGGAAGAAUUACAAACUCGAAUUGAGCGUACAAUCACGAUAUUGGAAAGCGUGAAAGAGUGUAACUUUGUGGCAGAAGACGCAGAGGUUAUAUACGUAGCACCGACAAAGGAACUAAAAUUUACGGGCAAAAGUUAUGUUUUAGAGUUUGCCAUUCCAAAUUUCUUUUUCCACUUUGUUACGGCAUACAACCUUUUGCGUAAGGAGGGCGUGGAUAUUGGGAAAAAAGAUUACUUGGGAAUGUCCUGA